AUGGCACAAUUGUUCGGUACCGAAGACCUUCCGUCAUCAGCACAAGAUCUCGCUUCUUUGCUCGUCUUGGUGGAGUCUCGACGCUAUUUGGAAGGCCAUGAUCGCCUCCCGAAGAGCACUGAGUUUCGUGAAAGCGGCAUCCAGUCGCUCACGGCGAAGGAAUUCCGUCAGAUCACGCGGGUGAGUCAUUCCAGCUUCUUUCGUAUCAUAUCAGAAAUUGAAACGAAUGGAGUUUUCCACAACAAUUCUGGUUGCGGACAAGCCCCCGUGUCGUUGGAGCUGGCAGUUGCAUUGAAUCGCUUAGGAAACUACCGUAAUGGUGUUUCGCUCGAUCUCGCCGCCAAGUUUGUGAUGUGGCCAGAUGCCGAAGGGCGACGAUCAAUAUCGCGCGUAUGGCGCAAAGUGGUUUUCGUGGAUGUGUAG